AUGAGUCUGGCUGGGGGGACGGAGAGUGUGAGGGUGGAGGAGGAGCGGAGUGUGGAGGCAGGAGUGGCAGGGUGGAGGAGGAGCAGGAGCGGCAGAGUGGAGGAGGAGCAGGAGCGGCAGGGUGGAGGAGGAGCAGGAGCGGCAGGGUGGAGGAGGAGCAGGAGCGGCAGGGUGGAGGAGGAGCAGGAGUGGCAGGGUGGAGGAGGAGCAGGAGCGGCAGGGUGGAGGAGGAGCAGGAGUGGCAGGGUGGAGGAGGAGCAGGAGCGGCAGGGUGGAGGAGGAGCAGGAGUGGCAGGGUGGAGGAGGAGCAGGAGUGGCAGGGUGGAGGAGGAGCAGGAGUGGCAGGGUGGAGGAGGAGCAGGAGUGGCAGGGUGGAGGAGGAGCAGGAGUGGCAGGGUGGAGGAGGUCAUAUAUGUACGGAGGGGGGGCCAGGUUGUGAAGUGCUUUGAAAGUGCAGCCACAGCCUCCGUGAGUGAGUCUAUUGACCUCCUCAACUCCUCCAUGUCCUCCGUUGCGGCUUUUUUUCCUCUUGCCAUCUCUUGUUGCGUGUGGCAGACUCGGCAGACUCGAUAA